AUGGACGAACCAAACAGCUUCAGUAUUGUAUCAGUUAAAAGGUUAAUCAAUGUUGACAAUUUCGGCAAAGGUUCUAUACGAGAACAGCAUAAAACUUAUCGUAUUACUGUCGAGAGAACUGGUACUCUUGCUGAAAUGGAACAACUUGCUAAAGAGGCAGAACAAAUAUCCACUUACGCAAUGAAUCCGGAUGUAGUAUCCGAUACUGAAGAAUGGCAUAAACGAAAAAAGUCAUUGUCAAGCAAAAAUCAUGAUCAAAUAAAUGUACUAAAUAAAGAAUUAAGUGAAUUACACGAUUUUGAUAUUGAUGGACAACGAACGUAUACAACAUUGACUUCAUGUUCAUUCGAUGACUUCGAUAAAUCGGAUUGUCCUCGAAUAUCAUCUAAUAAAAAUGCUGAUUAUGAAUUAAGUUCUGAAGAAAAUGAUGACGAUGAACAUGAAGAAGAAACGGAUAAAGUUGCAAAUUACAAUGCUUUGAAUUCUAAUUUUAGUCAUUCGGUCGCAUUGAAAUCAAAAAAGCGUGCAUCAUCAAGAAUGUCUCGAGAACUGUCUCGAAAACGACUCCGAACUAAUGAUGCUUCGUCAACAUCCAUAAAUCAGGAGAAGACAGAUUUUCGUAAGCAAAUAGCUGCUAUUGCUCAUUCUUACGAUCAACACCAAAAAACACUUAAUUUGAUCUUAAACAAUCAGAAAAAAAUAGCAAAAGCUCUGCGCCAUCAUCAGAUUCCAAUUCAGUUGUUUGACGAGAUGGGAACUGAAGCAUCAACAUCUACUAAUUCUGGCAACGUUGUUUACGAAUCAAGUAAUGGUGAACAAAUUGAUCUUAUUCAAAUUCCUGCUGACCGAUCAAAUCCAAAUAAAUUCGUAUUGAAGGCAGUGGAUCGAAUAUUCACAGAACCACAACAACUGCUAGAUCUUGAUCCACGUUCGAUUGAUGCCGAUAAACGGAUUAUAACUAUUCGAGAUGCUGUUCAAGUCAAGUUUGGUUUAACAUCUGAGGAGUUAGCAACAGUUUGGCUACCGAUGUUGGAAUGCAUUAAAUCCAAGCGAAGAAAUUUAAAAGCUAAACUGCAAAAAGCUACGAACAUAUAA